AUCUUUUUCUGCCACUGCAACCUCAUGAGGGAGGCUUUGAAUUUUCCACUCAACGCGAGCUUUGACCCUCCUACUUCCAUCUUACUGCACACCUUCAAGUCCUUGACCGAGCCUGGUCGGAAAUCUGAGCCACCAUUCUUCAUGAUACUCGUGUUACCUCCUUCUAUCUUUAGUCACUAUGGGACAGGAUACCAGCAACUCUGACGACGCGGCUUCGCACGCGCUUCUCCUCAGCAACUCGCUCUUUUCACAGGCCAAAAUGGGGAAAUACACUGAUUUCGCCCUCGAAUGUGACGGUACCACCUUUCCUGUGCACAAGGCGGUCGUGUGCUCUCAGGUCGAAGCUUUCGCCGCUGCCUGCGAGGGACGAUUCCAGGAGGCAUGCACAGGUGUCUAUCGCAUCGACGGGUUCCAGGCAUCGACUGUGGGCUAUAUGGUGGAAUACCUGUAUAC